AUGGAGGGCGUCUUUCUUGUCCCUCCGGAUAGGGGCGCACUGAUUGGUAGAGCUCUGUGGAAGCCCCGAUUUGUCACUAUUGGUGGUCCUCAGAGGGAACCUGCGCAUAGUAACAACCGCGCCCAUGCCAAUCGCUCCUCGACUCCCAAAGGCCAACAGAUCACGGACCCUGACGCUGUCUACCUAUCCGUGUACAAGAGCAGUAGCGAUUAUGAGCCAGCUCAACAACACGCGAUCGGUUCAAUAACCGAUUGCCAAAUCCAGCUGCUAUCCCAUCGCAAACAGGGCCCACCGCAGGCCACCUUGGUCAUCAGCAUUUCCCCCGAUCCUACUACUGAUAAACUGCGGAAGAGGCGCUCGAGCAGGACUGCCGGUCUGACAAGCACAAAGGAGACCAGCCCCUCAACAUUACUGUUUCGUCAAGGCGACCCCGACGGUCCCACGCUACGGGAGUUCUUGCAGCAUCUCCAGGCGGUCAUGCGCCAGGCCCCUCCCACGCUGCCUAUGAGCCCUAUCACCCCGGCCUCUCCCACCUUCAUCAACCCCUUUUCUCCCCGGUCGAGAGACGCCUCUGACUAUCAACGGCCCGGCAGCGGUCACGCAGCCACCAAUUCUACGCUCAGCCACAAGGGCUCAAGCCACACGGGCUCCAGUAAGGAACGGGAGAGACCCGUCACUUUUUCCGAGGCGCAAAGCCUCAGGUCGAGACGGAGUGAUAUUUCCCACGCCAGUUCCAUGAACCCUUCACGCCCAGGCUUCACUAUUCAACCUCAGGCGUAUGGACGAGCGUAUCCGGCAGAUCUACCAUCGCCCGCUACCACCGUCGGCGAGUACCAGGGCGAGUUCAUCGAGGGCUGGACGUCGGCGCAGGGUAGGUCAUCUGUAGUGAGCUCACCGGUGCGGGGCCGUGACAGCAUCGAUACCCAGCCCUCGGCGGCGCCUCGCUCUAUCGUGGACUCGAGCUCUCCUCCGGGUCCACGAGAGACCAUUUUGGAUCGGGCAUUCCAGCUCAGGUGUAUCCCUGGCUCCGAACGUCAGAUUCCUGGGGAGGAAAAGCUCAGCUCCCUAGCUCGCUUUGACGCUCUUAUGCGCGAGGUCGACCAGAAGCAACAACGGUCAAAACCAAAACCAGUCCUGACUGAUAACGAUCCUGGUAUGAAGAGCGCAUGGGAUCUGGAUGAAGAUGACUCGGACUCAGAUGACAGCAUCAUCCCAGAAGAGGAUGAAGAUCCCGACAGGGAGCUGGCGAGCGAGCAUGAUAUCGACGGUUCUGUCUACAUGCCGGCGUCCGCUCAGCGAGCGCUCUUCUUUAUCACCAGCCGCCACGAGCCGCAACCAUCGAGGUCGCAGAGCUCCAGGUCGCCAGCCAGCUUUGAUGCCGAGACCCUCAGAACACUAAAUAGUGGGUAUCCUCAUCCCAGGCCGCAGACCGGUUACGCCAGAAGCAGACCAGGCAUGGCUCAACGAACCCACAGUCAACCCCAGCUAGCGGGCAACUCGGCAGCAAAGCUGUCGUUGCUUGACAUACCCGCCUCCUCUAUACCGGCCAAGACGCCCGAGGAGCAGAUUUCCGCACGAGGCAGCGUCGAGAAACGAGCAUCGAACUCGAGCACGGUGCGACUCAGCUUCACCGAUUUCACCCGACGACUGAGCAGCACCAGUAGCCUCCUCUUGGUACAGACUAAUACUAGUGGCGGCAGCAGUCGCGGCAGCACCAGCGAGGCCGAGCUACAGCAGACCGCAGUCAAGGGAAAUCUGAACCCGCGAGGUGUCCCUCCGCCACCAGUCGAUCGGGAUCGCUGUGGCUGGCGUGGUAGUGUCGGCGUCCUUGCGCCUGAAGGCGGAUUUCUCUGA